AUGUUCGACUCAGAAGGGGGACCUACUCUGGGACUAGAUGACAUAUUUACCGAACCACCGCGACCGCCGUCGCCGGAACCUACAGUAACUCUAUACACGCGCGAUGCGGAGCUGCCACCAUGGGCGAGCAGCGGCUGUCCAUGGUCUACGAUAGAAAUCAGGCUUGUAGGCUCGCAUCCCCUCUGGGGUCAUUAUCUAUGGAACGCCUCUCGUGCAUUUGCCUCGUAUCUUGAUAUACAUUCUGAGCUGUACCGCGACCGCUCGGUGCUCGAAUUGGGCGCAGGAGGAGGCCUCCCCGGGCUUGUUGCAGCGAAGAAUGGCGCUCGCACGGUCGUGUUGACUGACUAUCCAGAUACCGCCCUUCUUGAAAACCUGGCCUACAAUGUUCAAAAUAACGUUCCAUCCGAGCUUUUACAACGUGUACACGUGAAGGGAUAUAUCUGGGGCCAUUCCGUAGACCCCCUCCUCAAUUGGCGGGAGGGCCCCUCUAGAUCGGAGGGAUUCGACCUGAUCAUCAUGUCGGAUCUCAUCUUCAAUCACUCACAGCACAACGCCUUGCUGCAGACGUGCGAACACGCAUUAUCAAGAUCGCGGUCAUCUGUAACGCCCGAUACUCCCAGCGCGCUGCACACACAUACACCACCCGAUGCCGCAAAGAAAACCAAUAAAACUCUGGAGCCGUGUCUCCUCGUAUUCUACACGCACCAUCGUCCCCAUCUCGCGCACCGCGACAUGCAGUUCUUCGACGAGGCUCGCGAUCGCGGGUGGCUUUGCAACGAGAUCUUGACACAGAAGUUCGAGCCCAUGUUCCCGGAAGACCCAGGAGAGGAAGAGGUUCGCGCGACGGUUCAUGGAUGGCGUUUGACGCGCACUCUGCAAGCAUAG